CAGUAGCAUGCUCUAAUGUCUGAAACUUGUCAACACAAAAUGGCGGCAAACAGAAGAAAGAGUUUGUGUGCGAUGUGCUUUCUGUGAUAAUUUGACGGCUCCUAUGAGGUUCGGUGCAGAGUACAACCAUACUUAGAGACUCUUAGCUAAAGGGGAUGGCCAUGGAGAGUCCUAGCGCUUUUCCAGUCUGCAAAUUUCCAAAGAUUCCCAACGAAGACGACAUAGCGGACUGGACAUAUUCUAAAAGAAGAGAAAUGCAGGAGAUUGUCCCAGGAAUAUUCCUAGGUCCAUACUCAGCUGCUAUGAAGAGCAAGCUUGAACAUCUGAAAAGCCAAGGGAUAACACAUAUUGUCUGUAUUCGCCAAAAUAUCGAGGCAAACUUUGUCAAGCCCAACUUCCCUAAUGAUUUUCUCUACCUUGUGCUAGAUGUAGCUGACACAACAACAGAAAAUAUCAUUAGAUAUUUCCCCCAGGUAAAAGCUUUUGUAGAUGACUGUGUCUCCAAGGGUGGAAAAGUUCUGGUUCAUGGCAAUGCUGGAAUAUCCCGCAGUGCUGCCCUUAUGAUUGCCUAUAUCAUGGAGACCUAUGGACUUGCAUACAGGGAAGCAUUUCUAUUUGUGCAGCAGAGAAGAUUUUGUAUCAACCCAAAUGAGGGAUUUACCCAGCAGCUUAUGGAAUAUGAGCCUAUUUAUCUAGCUAACUACCAAGCAAAGCAACAAAUAGCUAAUAUGGAGAGCAUGGGAAGACCAAAUGGGGGAGUGAAGAGGUCUUACGAAGAUGACAUGGAGGAUGGAAAUUGGCAACCGUUAUGACAUCUACUUGCCACUCUUUAUGCAUCUAAGUUUGGUACAAGAUGCAUUCACAGCCGGCUGUAUUACAAGGCUCUUUAGUAUGGUGAAGUGGUGUGUCGUCAAACACUAAAAGAUUAAAUCAGUUGAUGGCCACGCCUGCAGGACUAUGUUGUCAAGGGAACAAUCACAAACAAUGUGUUUUCUUACAUUUUUAUUUUCUAAAUAAUAAAAUAUACCUGAUUACAGCCAAAAUGGUAGCUUUUAAGCAUCAAGUCAACAUGACUCCAGGGAUUCAUUAUUUAUAGUAAGGGUUUUUAGAUCAAAUGCUUUUAUACAAUGACUUGUGUAGCUACUGUACAUCCCUAACAAGUGCCAUUUACAAUGUGGGUAUAUGAUGCUGAGGCUAUGGGUUACUAAACUCAAUAACCUUGCAAAAGGGUCGGAUAAAAAGCGUCAGUUGUGGGACAAUUAUCUUUAUUUGAAACUAUAGAGUGAUAGUUUACAAAUACUGCACAGUUUCUUUUUCUGAAGUUUAUAGCCCCACUAAAGCCAAACCUGGUCAGAAUGCCAAGGGCUUGACAAAUGACAAAUAUUCUGUUUUACUGUAAGCCCUUUAGAUUCUUUAUUUUGAAGAGAUCUGUAGUUUGUGGAUUGUUAUUUAAGGCUACUUUCUAAUGACCACUCAGAUAGCAUCAAUAUAAAGUCAAAUAGUAUCAUAUAUUUUAAUAUAUUGCCAUGCUAAAAAUACAGUCUAUGUCGAAAACAUAUAUUCCAGGAAAUCUCGUUCUUUUCUUUUUUUUUUUCUUUUACUGGAAGUUGUAUAUGUUGUUUUCCAAAAUGCAAAAUAUUGGUAAUAAACAGAGCUUGAAACUUAAA